UGAUUGAGUUUGUGUUUAUUCUUUGUGUGCUGACAAUAACAUUUGAAUCAAGAAUCAGCUUAAUAAUGGCCUCUGCCAGAAUAGGCCAGUGGUUAAGUCCUCUGGUAUGUUUACUCAUAUUGCUAAAAGCUGAAAGCCAUCCUGUGGAACUCACUUUGGUCCAGAGUGCAGUUGCCAAAGGAGCUGUUUGUUUAGAUGGGAGUCCACCGGCAUACCACUUUGACAAGGGAUUUGGUGCAGGGAUUAACAAUUGGUUGGUUCAUAUUGAGGGAGGAGGAUGGUGCAAGGAUGUUGAGAGUUGCGUUGAGCGGACAAAAAACUUCAGAGGUUCAUCCAAACAUAUGGAGAAGACAAUAUCUUUUUCUGGGGUUCUUGGUAAAAAGGAAACUUUGAAUCCAGACUUCUACAACUGGAACAGAAUCAAGGUUAGGUACUGUGAUGGCUCAUCAUUCACCGGUGAUGUGGAAGCAGUAAACCCAGCUACAAAUCUUCACUUCAGAGGAGGAAGGGUUUUUCUUGCUGUCAUUGAUGAUCUCUUAGCAAAAGGAAUGAUGAAUGCCAAAAAUGCACUACUCUCUGGUUGUUCAGCUGGAGGAUUGGCUUCUAUUCUUCAAUGUGAUAACUUCCGUUCUCUCUUGCCCGCUGGAACUAAUGUGAAAUGCCUUGCGGAUGCUGGUUACUUCAUCAAUGCGAAGAGUAUUUCUGGAUCACAACAAAUUGAAGCUUUUUACAGUCAAGUGGUUGCACUACAUGGUUCAGCAAAGCAUUUACCUGCAUCAUGCACUUCAAGAUUGAAUCCAGGAUUGUGCUUCUUCCCACAAAAUGUGGUACCGACACUCCGGACCCCUAUUUUUUUGGUAAAUGCUGCUUAUGAUUCGUGGCAGAUAAAGAAUAUUUUGGCACCAAGCGCUGCUGAUCCUAAAGGCUCAUGGAAAAGCUGCAAGAUGGGUAUAAAGAACUGCUCACCUGCACAAAUUCAAACCAUGCAAGAUUAUAGGACAACUUUCUUAAAUGUACUCAAUGGUGGUCUCACCUCUCCAUCUCAUGGAGCCUUCAUAGACUCUUGCUAUGCUCACUGCCAAAUUGGAACACAAGAGACAUGGUUGGCGGCUGACUCCCCGGUUGUCGGCAAGACGACAAUUGCGAAGGCAGUCGGAGACUGGUAUUACAACCGAAGUCCAUCAAAAAAGAUUGAUUGUCCUUACCCUUGCAAUCCUACCUGCAAAAACAAGGAAUUUGGUUCAAGCUAGUUUCUUGUAUGUUCAAUACAGAAGAUAAAGUUUAUAUACAUGAAAGAUGUAGACAACUUAAAGGUCGUCUACUUUCCCAUGUACUACCAAAUAAAGUUUCUUGUAUGUUCAAGCUACCUAUUAAUUGUUCUCAAUAAAUUUAAUUUCUUUGAA